UCCAAGAGAACUAAAUUGCCCUUUUAGAAAGUGAUCCAUCGAUAGGGAAAUGUUGGCAGUUUGUGCUGGUCAAUCUGAAGCAGAAUGAAGCGCAGAAAACUGUGAAAGCAUGUAAGAGUCGGAAAGGAUGGAUCUCGAAUUGGGCCAACCUUGAUGAGUUUGGACAUGAACAAAAAAUAAAUCAAAAUACGAGGAAGUUGCGAAAGUAAUAAUCAAUAAUAAAUGAUGUCGAGCGACGGCCGAUGGAAAACAUGUGGCGGAACGUGUUCGUUCGCGGUUUCAGUCAAAGUUUUGUGAGCAGAGGGUGAACAACACAUUGUUUUUGUUUGGGGCGCCGUUGCCACUGAAACCCCCAAACAAACCCAUGAUUUGGCGAUGCCGGUGCCAGAAAACAGCCGCCAGUUGAGUGAAUGAAAAACUCACUACGGAAGGAAACUGCACGGAAAAACUAGCGGCCGUAGCGAAAACAAACCGAACUCGGCAAAGAAGUCCCUUUCGUUCUAGUAUGUUCGCAGUCUAAGCAUGACCACCACAGGCAAGCUCUCCAACUUUCGACAACUGUCCCUAAUAUGCGACUCACCCUCGCCUCACGCAAAACGCCAGAGCUUGAAAAAGCAGUUUUCCGAAGACUUUUCUGACUUCAAAGACCCGUGGUUUGACCAAGGCCCGGAAGUUUACCUCAAUGCCAGAAACAAACGACUUGAGAGAACCGCUACCGAUAAACCUCCUCCUAUCAAGAUCGCCUGGUGUGAGAAAACAGAUAAAUUUGCCUUGAACGAGGAAGUAAUAAUUAAAAAAUGCAAGGAGAUUAAGCGAGCGCCGAGUGUAAAACUGGCGCGACAUCCCUCGCUGGAAAAGGACUCAAUUUUGAACUCCAAACAUGAUCUGAGGAACAAAGCGGAAACAGUUGACAAAGAAAAUGACAAAGCCGAAACAAAACCGAAUUUGCAAAUCUUUUUAGCGCACAAUACACACGACUACAACGAAUGCCAAACUUCAGAUAGUUUCGAGUCGCUGAUGGACAGUAGGCAGCAAUGUUUAGAGAGAUCGAAACCUAAGUAUCUCCAGCCGCUUUUGUCAAAUGUUGAAACUUCAAAGGCAUUUCAGAUCAGGAAGAGUAACAGUAGAAAGACGUUAGAAUCACCUAAAGCCGUAGAAGUCAACCAGAAGAGACCAAAUUUUUCUAGAAGCAACACAAUAGUGGUGGUUCCUUUGGUGGAAAAGCUUGACCAAAGCGACACACCUCGACAGGUGGUAAAAGAUGAAGAAACUAAACGCGAAAAGGACGAAGAUUCAAAUGGGAUUAACGUGAUUAUACGGCCAAUGACCGCACAGACCAGACGGGAAAAAUUCCAAAAGCGCACCAAUUCAGCAUUUCACGGAACCUCGAAAGAAACAGCAAUCAAUUUUAGACCGCCUUUAGUCAGAUCUUCGUCAGCACCAAGCAUUAAGCCCGAGAAGGGCAAGUUUUUAGCUACCAAGAGGAAGUUGAAAAAUGGAAAAAAAGUAUCCAGGUCCUCCAAAGGAGACCAUUCUCCACACGCCGUAGACGGCCAAGAGUGGAAAAAUGCAGCUCACACUGCGUCUGAAAUUGUCACGAUGGUUUCCCUCAUCAGUCCCAGUGGAAGUGAAAAUGAAGCGGAUUCUGAAGACGAGUUGAAAGCCCGGCCCAAAUCUGCUCUGAAAAGGGAAGACAGUGCUGUGGAAAAGACUACGACAGUUGGAAAGGAAGCAGCCAAUAAAGACGGCACUAAAAACGUGUCACUGAGGAAAACGGUUAAAUCAGUUUCCUUUCAGCAGUCGAGUAUUCACGCGGUAAGAAGUUUCUCUGCCAGUUUCCCGGCCCGUAGAAGUUCAAUGGCAACGGCACUUUCUUUGGGAAAUCAUGCCAACCCAUCCAAGUUGAAAGCAAACAGCGCCAAAACGCAAGAAAAAAGAAGUACGAACCCCGAUUCGCCAGAUGCAGACGAACGGGUGCCGAAACGAAGACUAUUGAGAAACAACACAGUGGAAAAGAAGAACAGCUCAUCGUGGCAGAAAGCAGCCUCUCAUUUAGGUCAGAUAAUUAAAACUGAAGAUGUCGAAGAAGUAAACUCAACAUUCACUAUAGAUAUCCAAACAAAAACUAGUGAAACUGAUGAAGAGUCAACCACAAAUCUCGGCUUGGAACCGAAUGUCAUAUUGAUAACGCCUCCUGAAAAGAAAUGUAGUUUGAGCGUUGAAGAAACCGCACCAAAAACGGAGUCAACAUGCGAAACGCCGAAGGAAAAACAAUGCUGGGAAAUGUACUGCAAAAUGAGUGAAAAAGGGAUAAAUGUCUCAUAUGACACCAUCUUGCGAGGUCUGCUCACUCCAACUGAAUACAGAAUUCGCAGAAGCGCUUCAAUUGCAGAAGAAAUGGAGAUGUUGAUGAAUCCGCCUUCAGAAGAGGACAAAGUGUAAGAAUAGUAGCGAACUUUCUAGAUCCUAGGGGAGCACAAAUGCGCAAAUAUGUUUAGAUGGUAAUAAAUGUAUUAAAUAUAAA